GAGUUUACCACAGAUUUGUGUGGCUUGGUGAAUCGGGAUGCCAGUGCGCGUUACGGCUGGAACUGGACGACGGUGCAAGUCGGGAAGAAGAACAAGGACUUCCCUUCCACAGACAGCCGAAUGAACGAACAUGGUGUCUACGCUGUGUAUGCGUUGCUCAAUCCAGAAGCACCUGAGGGCACCACCACAGCUCUGAGUACGCCAAAAAUGGGAGAAGUUGCACACUCUUGUAUCAUAUCAUUUUAUGCAUACGUUCCCUCAAAGAGGGGAGCGCAGCUGAAUUUUGGAGUUCAGUAUCGUCCGGUGAACCGCACAAGGAGAAAUGCUUUAAGGACUCUGGCAACGCUCAGCGCAGCAGAAGGCGCAGGGAAAUGGGUCAAGAUUCAAGUAAAAACAGGAAACUGGAAAGCCGGAGUACGGUUCCUGUACACGGCAAAUUCUACUGGCGUGAGCAUAGACAACCCGGAGUACAAGAUGUGUCACCCGGAUACUCAAAGUGAAGGAUGGGAGGCUGCUCUUCACGUAAGCUGCGACUUUUCGGACUUCAUGAACUGUGGCUGGUUCCCAGAGAACCUUGAGGACGACAUCUGAAUGGCUUCUCCAUACUGAAGAUCCUGGAUAUCCUGGGCUCCCAUGGCGGCCUCCAUACAGCGAACCUCAUAGAGGAGCCUAUCUCUAUAGCAGUGAACACCGCCCCGAAGGUGAGAACUGCGCGAGUUGUUUCCGUCAGAAUGAACCCAACCCCAGACACCGGCCGUUGCUUCUCAUUUUGGUACAACAUCUGGCAUCCAAACAUCGGCACUCUCAAACUUUUACGGCGCGUAGAUAACGCUUCCACCGAUCUGCUGUGGAUGCGUCAAUCACCACAAGGUAAAGAUUGGAAGCAAGGCUGGAUACAGCUCCACUCUGAGGAUCCUCAUCAGCUUGUCUUUGAAGCUUUGUUGAAUCGUGGUACUCCCGGUGUCAUUGCUGUGGACAACUUCGUCCUAAAAGAUGGCCGCUGCGACAACGAAACAUACGGAACGUGUGAUUUUGAAUCCGACACAUGCGGAUGGCAGUUGCACAACUGGGAACGUGUGACAUCGCAACGCGUAAGCCUGCCAGCCACCGAUCACAGCACUCGAUCACCUUCAGGAUACUUCGCCCUGGCAAAAGCUCCCGGUGGCCGCAUGGUCAGCCCCCUGAAAUGGUAUGACGCCGCCAAGCACAGGUGUCUCCGCUUUUGGUUCUUCAUCUCGGGCACCUCCAGUGAAAGACUGAACGUCACCAGCGUGGUGGAUGAAGAUCAAGAGAAGUCUCUUUGGUAUAGCGCCGCAUCUGAGGCUUCGAUACAGCAGUGGUUCUCAGCCUCGGUUAACCUGCCUGCUCAAGAAAAAACGCCCAUGGUCGUAUUCGACGCAGCAACUUCUGGCAAUCCCGGCAGUGCAGUAGCUGUGGACGAUAUCAGCCUGGGCCACACACCGUGUCCUCCACCGGGAAGCUGCUCCUUCGACGAAGACACCUGCAACUGGUACAAUGCAGGAGAGCUCACAAAUGCGCAGUGGUAUCGACAUCGAGGUGCCACGGUUUAUAAUUCGACUGGUGUUCAGCUGGAUCACACGCUAGGUUCAAAAGAUGGAUACUACCUUCUUCUAGAUGCCGAAGACACGUCAGCAAGAUCACUUGGAAGUAUGCAGAGUGAGGCUCUCACCUUAAGCCCUGCUGUGUGCUUUCGACUCUACUACGUCAUGAGGAAGAACUCGGAAGCAUCGUUGAGCGUUGGGUUUCUUGAUGAGCAUCACUACUUGGACGGGCGCGCAACGACAGUGAAAGCCACCACGCCGAGCCAGUGGACUUUACUCCAAGUGGAAAGAACUGAGCUCCCUCCCAAAUUCACAAUUAUUAUUACUGGCCGUACUCAACAAGGCAACAGUGACGUGGCAAUUGAUGACAUUGACGUGCGUUCUGGCAGGUGUGAGACAGCCCCGCCUGAAGCAGAAGCCUCCACGCCCCGUACGUAG